CCCAGGUGGACAAAUAAGAAGCAAACCCAGGGCGUGUUUAAAAGGACAAGUUUGUCUAGUCGUUUAAUACUGUCUUUCUUUCCACAAGUUGGCAACUGUUUAAAAUGCUGUGGCUCAUUUUACUGGUUGCAUGUCUUUCUGAAGGAUAUAUUAACUCACUGAAGACAGGACCACCUCAUCUGAUACAGACGAGUGAAACGCAGCUUGAUUUUGAGGCAGAUUAUGCUGUACAGGAGGGGGAUAUCUUACUGCCAACUGACCGGAACGCAGUGAGUCAGCUGUGGGCCAUGGUGGAUGGACGUUUAUCAGUGCCUUAUAAAAUUAAUAUUACUCUUAAGGACAGGACAGAAGACAUUCUUAACGCCUUAAAUAUGAUUUCCAAGAAGACAUGUGUCAGAUUCCAUCCACAUGAUAAUGAAACGGACUAUUUGCACUUUGAGUACGGAAAAGGGUGUGCAUCUUAUGUUGGAUGUAUAGGGGGUGAGCAACCUCUUCUGAUUGGGACAAAAUGUAAAUCUGGGAACAUCUGCCACGAGAUCCUUCACUCCCUCGGCUUUCACCACGAGCAUUCCCGAAAUGACCGUGGUGAUCAUGUCACUAUACUUAAUGAAAACAUUGCCUCUGGGAGAGAGAACAAUUUUUUGAAGAGAAAGGGGAACACCCUCGGUCUGAAGUAUGACCCGGAAUCAAUCAUGCAUUAUGGAAACAAUUAUUUCUCUCGCAAUGGAAAGCCCACAAUUGAGCCCAAAGAGAGCGGCGUAACGAUCGGCCAGAGGAGUCGCUUGUCUGAUCUGGAUGUGCAAAGGAUCAGGAAGCUGUACAACUGUGACGAGACGCAAUAAGGAUCAAGCAAAAUCUUGAAUGGCUACGUGUUGAUGACAGGAGUUUUUAAUCUGGGAGGACAAAUAAAGUUUUCACAAUCUAAAUGCAUAUGUCCACAAUUCUUGUUUUUAUUGUCAU